AUGUCGUCGUUGGACAUCAGCGACUUCACUGACAACGGCGAGCACACCGACGUCAAGUUCACUGUGAAGUCGAAAAUUUUUGCCGUAUCAAAUACCUUCAGCGUGCAUAAGAUAGUACUAGCCGCAAGCUGCUGGUUCUUCAACGAAAAGUUUCAGGACAACAUCGGCCAACAGAGUGAGGAGCAUGUCGAAGAUCUUCAUCCAGACGGCUUCGAAGGGCUUCUCAAGUUCUCCUAUACGGGAAAUCCGCAAUUCGAGAGCGUAGAGGCAGCCAUGUACACACGCACGGCAGCUAAGAAGUACUUGAUGGAAGAACUCGUGCUCGCCUGCGAAAGGUACAUCCACGAAUACGUCGAAGCAGACCAGGUAUGCGGACUAAUCGACUACGCCGUGCUCACAGACGACCAGGACAUCCACGCUAUGGUCAACGACACCAUCGCCAGACACGGGAAGUACGUGCUCCUUUCGCAAGGCUUCGUCGACUGCUUGGAGCAGACGGCGCACUUCGUGUUGGACAGGAUCACAUCGACCGCAACGGAGGGCGACAUCACCAGGGCCGUGCUGAAGUGGGCGGACUCCCAUUGCCGGAAGACGCGGGUCGACUUCAAGACCGCCGUGGCAUCGUUCCUGCCCAAGCUCCGGUUUCUGUCGCUGACGCCGCGGGAGUUCGUCCAGUUCUCCGCGCCGGCCGUGGCUCGCGGCGCCAUGACGGCGGCGGACGCGCUCGCCAUCAUGACCGAGCUAAUCCGCGGCCAUUCCGAACAGUUGCCGCCGUGGCUGUGCCGGCUAUCGGGUCCACGCAAGGGAAUCCCCGCGAAGCCGUCCGCGCAAUUAAUCACGUAUGAGGCAUAGGGGUGGGCGCUUGGCACAUGUCCACUCCACCCAUUUGGUAAGGGAGGAGGGGCGCGCGAAUGUAAUCUUCUACGGUUUAUUUAUUUGCGUGAAGAACUUUGAAGCGCAUUUAUCCCGGCUGAAAUGAACAAAGAGAGCCCUCAAGACGUUCUGCAUCCGCACUUGGACGUUGCAUGUCGCGGAUUUAGAACAGCUUAUGGAAGCCUUUUCCUGCCCGUAUUCACUUUCAGCAGUCAACCCCGUGACGCCUAUUGCAAGCAUGCUCAUUCAACAUUUUUAUGAUAUAUAUUUCACUCGAAAUAAAUCAUAGAGUUUG